AUGGAGCCUUGGAAAAUCAUGCUGAUUGUUGGGUUCGUUGGCAUCGCCGUAGUUGCUGCGUUAGGUUCUUUUUGUAGAGGACGUACCGGGGUAGGCUUUGGUGGUGGCGGAACUUCUGGUGGUAAUCUUCAUCACCAUCGUCAUAAUCAUGCUGCAGGAGGAGGCUUCCAUGGCGGAGCAGGCUUUGGCGGUGGUGCUGAUUUUGGUGGCGGAGGAGGAGGACAUGGAGGGGGACAUGGAGGAGGACAUGGUAGCAGUGCAUGUUGA